AUGCGACCAUGCUUCCGAGCCGCUGAACGCCUGGGGCGGCCAUUGCAGGGCUCGUUCACUCGCUGCCCUUCCCAGUUCCUGCCUGCCCGGCCGGCAACAUGGCUGCGCACCUUUGGCUCCACCGCCGCCCGCUACGCCAUCGCAUAUAGAGCUCAGUCCGACCUCGAGAAACGCGUCGCCGACAUCCCAAUUGACCGCUUCCGCAACUUCUGCAUCGUCGCCCACGUCGACCAUGGCAAGAGCACCCUUAGCGACCGUCUGCUCGAGCUCACCGGCACCAUCGAGCCCGGCGGCAACAAACAGAUCCUGGACAAGCUUGACGUCGAGCGCGAGCGCGGCAUUACCGUGAAAGCCCAGACCUGCAGCAUGCUAUACAACUACAAGGGAGAGGACUACCUGCUGCAUUUGGUCGAUACCCCCGGCCACGUCGACUUUCGUGCCGAGGUGUCGCGCAGUUAUGCCAGCUGUGGAGGUGCUCUGCUUUUGGUUGAUGCCAGUCAAGGCGUGCAAGCCCAGACUGUCGCCAAUUUCUACCUUGCCUUUGCCCAGGGCUUGACGCUGCUUCCUGUUGUCAACAAGGUCGAUCUCCCCUCCGCUGAUGUCGAGCGCGCGCUAGACCAGUUAGAGGAGUCGUUCGAGCUGGAUUCAAGCACCGCCGUGCAGGUUUCCGCAAAGACGGGGCUGAAUGUGGAAGCCAUCCUUCCGAAUGUCAUCGAACAGAUCCCAGCUCCGGUUGGUGACAACACAAAGCCUCUUCGUCUUCUUCUUGUGGACUCCUGGUACAAUCACUACAAGGGCGUCAUUCUGCUUGUGCGCAUCUUCGACGGAGAGGUCAGAGCUGGCGAUGUCAUCCGUUCGUUUGCCACCGGCCUGAAGUACACGGUCGGCGAAGUUGGUAUGAUGUAUCCAGACCAGACGCCCAUGACGAAGCUGCGUGCCGGUCAGGUUGGUUAUGUCUACUUCAACCCCGGCAUGAAGCGUUCGCAAGAAGCCAAGGUCGGCGACACGUACACGACGCUUGGCUCGGAGAAGCUGGUCGAGCCUUACCCAGGCUUCGAAGAGCCCAAGUCCAUGGUCUUCGUCGCUGCCUUCCCCGUGGACCAGGGUGCCUACGAGCAUCUUGAAGAAAGCAUCAACCAGAUUGUCUUGAAUGAUCGCGCAGUCACUGUCACCAAGGAAUCUUCCGAGGCUUUGGGCGCUGGCUGGCGUCUCGGCUUCCUGGGAACUCUCCACUGCUCUGUUUUCGAAGACCGCCUUCGCCAGGAACACGGUGCGAGCAUCAUCAUCACUCCUCCAUCCGUCCCCACCAAGAUCGUCUACAAAGAUGGGACUGAAAUUAUCCUCUCCAACCCCAACGCUUUCCCUGACGAACAGGAGCGCCACACCAAGGUGGCCGAAGUGCAUGAACCCUACGUCGGGACUACAAUCACGCUCCCGGAGGAGUACAUCGGCCGUGUAGUCGAACUUUGCGAGGCCAAUCGGGGCGAGCAGAAGGAGCUCACCUUCUUCACGGCUACGCAAGUAAUCCUGAAGUACGACAUACCGUUGGCCCAACUGGUCGAUGACUUUUUCGGUAAGCUCAAGGGUACGACCAAGGGAUACGCCACGCUGGAUUACGAAGACGCCGGCUUUCGCCGCUCCAAUAUCCAGAAGCUCCAGCUGCUCGUGAACAAGGAGCCCGUCGAUGCCGUGGCGCGCAUCGUCCACAGCUCGCAGGCCGAGCGUAUCGGAAGAGACUGGGUCAAGCGCUUCAAGGAGCACGUCGAUCGUCAGAUGUUCGAGGUCGUCAUCCAGGCCGCUGUCGGCAAACGCGUCGUGGCCAGAGAGACGAUCAAGCCGUUCAGGAAGGAUGUGUUGGCCAAGCUGCAUGCCAGUGACGUGUCGAGAAGAAAGAAGCUGCUCGAUAAGCAGAAAGAGGGCAAGAAGAAGAUGCGGGCUGUUGGCAACGUGGUCAUCGAUCAGAAAGCUUUCCAGGGUUUCUUGGCCAAGUGA